GAAUUCGGAGGAAAGGAAGAAUGUGAAAGUUACUCGACGUUAAUGAACUUAUGAAUGUGUAAUUGGAAGCAAGGAACUUCAUGAAGUUCUUUCAGAAACCUUGAAGUAUCGCAGGCGGCUCGUUAAUGAAUAGAAUGACAGCCGCUGGCAAGGGUGUCAUCGCCACGUUGGCUUGUCGAGAGUCGGAGUAUUCCAGGUCCCGACACUUCGGCAAAUCGGCGGACCGUUUGAAGGAGGUUACCGUAGAAAAUCAGGGCAAAAGAGAAAGUUUUGAAACGUCAGUUAUAUAGAAAUAUUUGUCGACGUCCGUACGACCGAUGUUGUUGGCAGUGCGCCAAGCUGAUUCGCUCGUGACAAACGUUGCUCUUGGAAAAUGUCUUUCAACAAUGCGGUAUUGUUGAUGCUGAAACGGAGCAACGCGACCGCGACGUUGUUAUGCAACAAAUAUGGGCUUCCUUCUGCGGAUCGAAGACAUUUCCACUGCAGCGAGCCCUGCAAGUUCGUGGAAAAGGCUGUGACGAAUCAGAAGCCCGAUUGGAACAGAGCGGUUUCGGAGGCUGAGAAGAUCGUGGGUUAUCCCACUUCGUUUCUCAGCCUUCGUUGGCUGCUCAGCGAUGAAAUCGCCAAUGUUGCUCUGCAUCUCAGGAAGUUGGUCGGCUCGAAUCACCCGCUGUUGAAAACUGCCAAGAGCUUAAUAUACAAUGGGCGCAAUAACAUGCAAGCGUGGGGUCUAAUUGUUCUUUUGAUUUCAAAAGCAGCUGGCCACUUAAAUGUCGACGACAUGGAAGAGGAUAAAGCGGCAGGGGUUCUGCACAGUCAACGAGCAUUAGCAGAAGUUACCGAAAUGAUACGUACUAGUCACGUCGUCCACAAAGGUCUCGUAAACAUUCAGCCGGAUGUCUAUUCGGAAACUUCUGAACUGAAUGACAUGACUUUUGGUAACAAAAUAGCACUCUUAAGUGGGGAUUAUCUCCUUGGCAAUAGUAGUGCAGAAUUAGCUGCUCUUAGAAAUCAAGAUCUUGUCGAGCUGAUGUCUAGCGCCGUUCGUGACUUGGCAGAGGCAGAAUUUAUUGGACGGCGAGAUAGUCAAAACAAUCCACUGCCAUCCAUUCCUCCUGUAGAUCGCACUGGUUAUGCAGUGAAGGAAUGGACACUCCGGAAUGUAUUAAGUGCCGGUGCUCUACUUGGAAAAUCCUGUCAAGGAACAUUGAAGUUGGCAGGACACAGCGAUGACAUUCAAGUGCAAGGCUAUAAAUUUGGAAAGCACUUGGCUCUGGCUUGGCAGGCUUGUCUUGAUCUGGGACCAUUUAUUAGUAAAGAUCCUACCGCUCAGUUCAAUCUAUGUUCGGCACCAGUAAUGUUUCAUAUAGAACACGAUCCAUCGAUUCUAAUUGAAAUCGAUAAAGGAUUGGAAUCCGUUCAGAACGUAGACUAUUCCAAGGUUUAUGACAUUGUAAUGACCGGCCCUGGAAUUGAACUCACGAAACAAUUACAAAAGGAGCAUUCUCAGCGAGCCAUGGAGGUUUUAACAGUUUUCCAAGACAGUGACGCAAGGACUGCACUGUAUAAUAUAAUAGCAGCAAUGGGAGAUUUCUAGCAAAGCUUGAGUACUGCGAACUGAUCAGAGUUAACGCUAAACAGCCCAAAUAUCAGUUCGAAUGAUCCGUCCUGUAUUAAGUUUUACGAUUGGUAAAUAUUUAUACUGACACGUUACAUGUGUCGUUUAUUACUGUAUAUUCUAAGAGUGAACGUACGAAUGAAUGAUUAUAUUGCAAAUCGUUUUAUCAAAUGUUACAGCCAAGUUUUUUUUUAUUGAAUAUUCCACUCGGUUUGAGAUUAACUUAAAUUGGCGAACUUUCCAAGUUCGUGCAAACUUGUUAUUAACUAACGUAAAUUUAUUCAGCCGAAUUCCACCUUCGUUCGUCUAUUAAAAUUUUUAUAUUUUAAGAGCCGAUCCAUGGCAGUAUUUCUUAAAACCUUCUUUAAUUUAUAAAGUAACCUGUAAAAUUCCAGUCACUGACAUUACGUAUAGAAAAUGUAUCGAAUUAACAUUGCGGUGCUGUCUUGUACAGAUAAGUCAUACGUCGAGACGUAUUGUUAAUAAAGAUUUAACGUAUGUUAUAUUUUGCUCAUGCGAACGAUAAUGUACUAUUAAAAUAAUUGGUAAGUUCAUAGUUCAAUAAAAAGGGUUUGUACUUUU